UUAUGAUAGUAAACAACGCCAUUGCAUGUCUCAUGUCACAUUUCCAAAGGGAUUUCAACUUCUCAAGCAAAUUACCUAGGACUUUCGUACCCUGGAAUCAAAAUCCCUAUAUUGCAUAUGUAAAAAGGGAUUUAGUCUCAUAAAAUUUUGAAAAGUUCUUUUAGUUGUACAGUGUGUGAGAGUGUCUUAUAAACAUGUACGGGAAUGAAGGUGGUUUUGGAGCAACUCCUGGUAGCGCUGGUCAAGACAAAAAGCAGGUGAAACGAUCCCAGAACAUUGUCCCAGUCACAAUUAAACAAAUUAUCGAAGCUCCUGAAGAAGGCUUAAACAUCGCUGGGGUGGAGUCAAACUUGGUCAAGGUCAUCGGUGUAAUCAGAUCCAUCGAAUCGACGUCUCUAAAAGCAGUGUACAGAUUAGAAGAUACAACAGGUGUCAUAACAGUCAUCGACUGGAUUAAGGAAGAUGGAGAUCCAGACAAAAGAGAUGAUAUUCAAAUAGUAGAAAACCAAUACCAUCGUGCAAUCGGAACGAUUCGCACCACGGCUGGAGAAAAACAUAUGAUCGUCAUUGAUUUGCAGCCCCUCACAGACCUUGCAGAAAUAACAUCACAUAUGCUUGAAAUAAUUUAUGUUGCAUUGAAAGCAGAAGAAUAUGAAAAGGCGGGCGACUUUGAAAUGAAGAAAGAACCAGGGUUGAACGGAGAGAUCAGUGGAAUUGGAGGAACGAAUGCAAGCGCAAAUCCAAAUUCAUACUAUGACAGUAAUACGAACGGCCUCAACUUUAACCCAACACAACAGAAAGUCUUCUCUGUUAUACAGCAGAGUAAUGAUGAAAAUGGAAUAACUCCUCAGGAAAUUCAUGAUGCCUUACCUCAGAAAAUGCCAAUGAAAGAUAUUACGAACAUCCUUGAAUGGUUGGUCAAUGAAGGACAUGUCUACACAGCAAUUGAUGAUAAUCACUUUCGAUCAACUUACUAAGUUGGUAAAUUUUCUUCUAAACUGAAUCUAUUCUCUAAGAUAUAUUUUUGUACAUUAGUUCCUAGAGUACCUACAGAAUCGCAUUCCUUUCGGGACUUGUUUUGUUUGUUCCCUCAUCAAUCAUACUCAACUAUCUUCCUUCUCCUCAUGCUUGCAAGAAUAAAAAAUUUUAGAUCAUCUCAAUUUAUAUUUGUAUUCAGUAUCAGAAGUUUACAAUAAAUUAUGUUCGUUUAGUUUCCUAA